AAGUUAUAAACUAUAUAUAUUAUAAAUUAAUAAUUUAUUUACCCUUGAAGUCUAACGAUUAAAAAUAUAAAAUAAUUCAAUAUAGAUAUAUGAUUCUAUUAAUAAAUUAGCAGUUUCAAAUUUAAAAUUUCUAGAAAUAUCAAAAGUCGUAUAUUAGUUAAUUAUCUUCUAAAUGACAUUUAUUUCUAAUUCUUUUUGGAUGAGAAUAUUUUGGCUGAUGUGGAUAGUCUCAAAAGCUUUGAAUUUAGUCCUUUUUAUAUAGUAGGAUAGAGAAAAUAAUAAUAAAGCAAAAGUAUGCAUGGUUUUCGAACCUUUUAAAAACAAUCAUCCAAGUUGUCUUGUGUAUUAAUUAAGGAACUUUAUUGUUGCAUCCUUGUACGUUUUCUCUUUCGUUUUAGUUAAUAUAACGCGUAGGGUCUCUGGAGAUGUCUGGAAUCGAUGGAUACAUAAUAUCGUGAAAAAAGACAAGAAAUAAACUACAUAAUAAUCUAUCUACUAUUUUUUAUAUCAACGUGCAUGGCGUUAGAAGCAGAUAAGCCAAAUUGUUUUUCUUAAACCAAUUUAUAUUAUUAAAUGCAAUUGUCACUUAUAAAUUUACAAUAUGCAUCACUUUGAAAUAUGAGAGAACAAAACAGACAUUAAAACACUGAAGAUACAUAUAAGAAGCAGAAAAGGAGAAUGGCAAAGGAGGAGGAGCCGCUCAGCCCGAUGGCACGUAUGUUUCAAUCAUCCGGAACAGACUACUGCACCGUGAUCAUUGUUGGCUUCAAAACAAAGAUUAAUCCUGAUGUAAUUCUUGAUGAUUUGAAGCAAAACGUUUCCAAACAUCCUCGUAUCUCCAGCAAACUGGCUGAGGAUGGUACAAGAUGGAUCAAAACCCAAGUCAAUGUAGAAGAUCAUGUAUUCGUACCAGACAUAGACCCUGACGAAAUUGGUGACCAAGGAGACAAAUUCGUAGAUGACUACAUUUCACGACUUACAAUGCUUCCUCUUGAUAGAUCAAGACCCUUGUGGGAUAUCCACAUCCUCAACGUCAAAACAUCUGAUGCAGAAGCAAUCGGUGUCAUAAGAUCUCACCAUUCGUUGGGAGAUGGAAUGUCACGUAUGUCUCUCAUCAUGGCGUGUACUCAUAAAUCAUCAGACCCUGAAGCGCUUCCUACUAUUCCUAUCCUUAAACGACGUGAAAACGUGUCACACGGCCUUAGAAACACAGGCUGGUUCUUAAGCUCGAUGUUUGCCAUUUAUGCCACUGUGAGAUUGAUUUGGAAUACCAUUGUAGAUUUUUUGUUACUCUUGUCUACGGUGUUGUUUCUGAAGGAUACAGAGACGUCUCUAAAAGGUGGUGCAGAAGCCGAGAGCAAUGCGAAGAGAUUUUCUCAUCGAAUUGUUUCUUUAGAUGACGUAAGACUUAUAAAAGACAUCAUGGACGUGACUAUCAACGAUGUUUUACUUGGAGUUACACAAGCUGCUCUCUCGCGCUAUCUAAACGGAGCACAUGACGAGACGAAUGAGAAUGGUGGAACAUCAAGACCGGUUCUAAAUAAUAUUCCAUGUAAUAUAAGAGUUCGUGCAGGAGUUUUGGUAAACCUAAGGUCGGAAAUUGGAGUCCAGCCAUUGGCAGAUAUGAUGGCAAAAGAUUCGAAAUGCAGAUGGGGAAACCUUAUCAACAUAGUUGUUUUACCACUGUCGAUUGGUUCAGAAACGGAUCCAUUGGUCUAUCUAUCGAAAGCUAAAUCCACGAUGGAUCAAAAGAAGAACUCUCUUCAUGCUCCUAUACUUUAUUUGAUUAUGAGCUUCAUUGUUAGUGUGUUUGGUGCAAAGACAGGAGCAGCAUUGUUCAAUCGAUUAUUAUUAAGCACAACGGCAUUCAUUUCAAACGUCAAUGGCCCAACCGAAGAAAUCAGUUUCCAUGGCCAUCCAAUCGCUUAUAUCGCUCCUAGCGUCUAUGGACACGCACAAGCAUUGCUGAUCCAUUUCCAAAGUUACGCGGACAAGAUGGUAAUCUCGAUAGCGGUUGACCCUACAAUCAUACCAGAUCCGCACAAGCUAUGUGAUGCAAUGGAGGAGUCUUUGAAAUCUAUGAAAAUUGCUCUUUUAGGAAAAGGGCUACUGAUUAACGAACAAGUAUCCGUACGGGUGAAUAAUAUGUGUAAUUAAGUAGUCUUUGUUUUGUGGAAAAAGAUGAUGUUCUUAAAAAGUCUUCAAUGUCAAAUAAUCGAAGUUAUUUUCAAAUUCUAUUUUCAUAUUGGAUGAGAUGAGAGUAUAUUUUCUAUACAGAGGAUUAGUUAUGAACUUACGUAUCAUAUACUCUCUGUUUCAUAUUAAGUAUCACUUUCGUAUUUUUUUUUUUACAUAAAAAAGUGUAGUUCUACAAUCUCAAUAUAAUUUAUAUUUAUUUUUAGUUCAAUAUAAAUUGUAAAAUGCAUUGAUCUUAUAAAUAAAUGUAUUUAUCUAAAAUGUUAUUGGUUAAAUAGAUAACAUUAAUGAAAACAUAAAUAUAUUUCAAUCAGUUCUUAAGUGUUUGUAAUUAAAGUAAUUUGAUAUCCACCUCCCAACUAAAUUAAAGUAAUUUAAUUCUUACUUUGACCCUAGUGGAUAAUCGGCUUAAUAUAAACUUGAUAUCUUACUGUUAGGUGCUGCUAUAUCAUAGUAAGGUGUUUCUAAAUAUCAUGAUCCAAUCAAAAGAUCUAUUAGGAAGGCAGAGACAUUGAUAAAUGAUAAGUAAAUCACUUUCAUUUCUGGACCAUACUUUGCUCAGCUUCUGUAAUCUCUAAAUCCCAAAAGUUCUGCAAUCAAUUGCGUUUCCUACAUCCCUAAUAGUAGAUGCAAACACAACUCUAAGAGUAUGACAUUACAAAAAGAUACUUUGGUCUCUCAAAAGUUUCUCUUCUCCCACUACAUUACUGUUGAGUUAUAAUAUGAGGAAGUUACUUCUUUAGGUGUAUUUCUUCAUGAUGGAUCAAAUGAUAUGAACUUUUCCGUCGCUGAUCAUCACUUUA